AUGUCCUUCGACGCCUCGGCCUCAUUAUCCAUCUCCGAUCCUAAUGCCCGCGCCCUCAGCUCCUCAUGCUUUGACUUCUUGUUAAUCGAACUGGUACCCAUGGCUGAACGUCUUGCGAAAGAGCUCGCUUCCCACGAGAAUCCUGAGGAUCCUGAAGUUCGAGAGUCGACUUAUUUUCGUCUGGAGUCGUUGGGUUAUCGGGUUGGUCAGGGUCUUGCUGAAAGAUUUUCGCGUGAUCGACCCCGUUUUACAGAUAACUUGGACGUGAUCAAAUUCCUCUGCAAAGAUUUAUGGACGGUGCUGUUUCGAAAACAGAUUGAUAAUUUGAAGACGAAUCAUCGGGGAGUCUACGUCUUGACCGACAGUGCAUUCAGACCUUUUGCCCGGAUGAGUAUGGCUGCAAGGUCCGACGCUGUAAAUAUGGCGCAAGCGUACCUGUGGUUUCCCUGUGGUGUGAUCCGAGGAGCUCUGGCCAAUCUGGGAAUCACGACGACCGUGCAGGCAGAGACUUCGGAGCUCCCGGGGGCGACGUUUCAGAUCAAGACCGUGCAGACUCGGCCGUAA